GUAUAUAGAAGGCUGCGCCCUCUACUAAUAAAUGACAAUAAGCUAAUCCUUCGUAUGAAUAUAAGUUUUCGGAAUGCCGUUUCAACUCGCCUUGCUGCCUCAUCGCCUACCACGCCCACUUCGAACGCCGCACAGACGCCGCACUCACAGCCAACAUCAUCGACGUUGCCACCUUUGCCAACGCUAGCGAAUCCAACAACCGGCUCCGGCAGCGGCACCAGCACCGGCUCCGGCCACGGCAUUGGUGCCGGCCCGGGACCGACGCUUACCGCAGCCGUAGCUGCUGCUGCCGCCGGCUUGCCACCGGGUGUGCCCCUGCCAUUGACUGGGCCAGGCUCUGGAAUGGUAACAUCAACAGUGCCGCCGGGUGCUCGCUCCGGCUCACCGUGCUCCGCCGCUGUCACGCCAUACGGCGCGGGAUCGGCCGGCAGCAGCGCUGGCGCCGGACCAUCAACAAUGCCGUCUGUGGGCGUUGGACCGCCGCCGGGCGUGCCGCAGGCGCCAGGGUCUGGCAACCCGAAUCCGAAUCGCUGCUGUGACAACGGGCGCACCAUCUACACGGAUCCCGUUAGCGGCCAGACCAUUUGCUCCUGCCAAUACGAUAUGCUGAACUAUCAGCGUUUAGCUGCGGCCGGCGGACUCGUCGCCGGACCCGGCGGCGUACCGCUCGGCGUGUAUCCAGAGGGCAUGUCUGCCUACCUGUCGGGCAUCGCCGCCGAUCAGCCUCCAUUCUACGCUAAUCCGGCCGGCAUUGAUUUAAAGGAGAACCUGGUGGCCGGAGGUGCACCGUGGCCGUAUCCAUCAAUGUAUCAUCCGUAUGACGCAGCCUUUGCCGGUUACCCCUUCAAUAGCUAUGGCAUGGACUUGAAUGGUGCCCGGCGCAAGAACGCAACGCGCGAGACGACAUCAACGCUCAAGGCCUGGCUGAACGAGCACAAAAAGAAUCCUUAUCCCACGAAGGGCGAGAAAAUAAUGCUGGCGAUUAUCACAAAAAUGACGCUCACCCAGGUAUCCACCUGGUUUGCAAAUGCGAGAAGAAGACUGAAAAAGGAGAACAAAAUGACCUGGGAGCCAAGGAACCGAGUCGACGACGAUGAUGCUAACAUUGACGACGACGAUGAUAACGAUAAGAAUACGGAGGAGAACGAUUUGCUAGAUGCAAAGGACUCUGGACUGGGCUCAAAUGAUGAUAAGGACCGUAUUGGGCGACUGGGCGAUAUGAUGGCCGACCGACCCGGCGAGAGCAAUAACAGCGAAUGGUCUGAGUCGCGGCCCGGUUCGCCAAACGGCUCGCCAGAUCUUUACGACCGACCUGGCACCCAUCCGCUGUUCCAUCCCGCCGCCCUGCAUCAUCACUUCCGGCCACCGACUGGCUCGCCACCGGACAUCGCCGCCUACCACCACCAUCAGCAGCAGCUACUGCAGCAGCAUCAGCAGGCGCAGCAGAAUUCACUGCAAACCGCGGUCGGCGGCACUGGGGCCAGCCUGGCCGUGAAGCCGCGCAUCUGGUCGCUGGCCGACAUGGCCAAGGACGGCAAGGAGUCGAGCUCUGGCAACAAGGAUAACUCGCCUGCUGGCGAGCUGCCACCGUCUCAGCCGGCCUUCUAUGGCCAUGCGGGUCACAACCAGCAUCCGUCUCCGGGCAAGAUACUCUCGCCGCUGGCCGCUCGCAUACCCAACUAUGCGCCAUAUGUGCGGCCGGAUUUGUAUCGCGGCUUCUAUGGACCGGCUGCAGCUGCUGCCGCCCAUUUGAGUGCACCCACGCAGGAGUUUCUGGAGCAUCAGCGGCAUUUUGGUGCCAGCCUAGCGGCUCACAAUGGACUCGGCAUGAAUCCGUUGCUGUGGAAGGCGGCAGUGUCCGGUGCAGCAGGUGGCCAGCACUUUGCGCCGCUCAGCCUGACAACCAGCAGCAAUGCGGGACCAGCACAGGUGGCACCGCCGCCGGGUGCAUCGCCGUCAGCCUCCAGCUCGUCGUCGUCAAUGGGAUGUGAUGUGGUGCAUAUACCCACCAGUGGAUCGCAUUCCACAGUACAGCAUAUGAUCGGGCCCAUAUCCAGCAAUUCGACCUCUUCAUCGUCCUCCUCCAAUUCCGGGAAGAUCUCGCCUGGUGUAAAUGUCGUCAGCCUAAGCGGCAAGCCAUGACACCCAUCGCACUCGCACUCGCACUCGCAGUCAGCCUCAGCGUCCGCGUCGGCGUCGGCGUCCCCUGAUCCGUACGCAUUGCCGCCGGUGGUUGCCAAUGGAUCAGCCGCAUCUCCGAUCUCGGCAUUCCGGUCCCUGUCGCUGAUCGCCAUACGGGAGCAUCACCUGCAGCAGCAAGCACCAAAGCUGGCGCUGUUACGGCCGUAGCCAGGCACAGAGUACGGGUCAGGUCAGCGAGCAGGGCGCCCGGCUAUCGAGCUAGUUUAGAUCAGUUCCUGUAGCAGAUCGGGCAACUUUCGGACAAUAAUUUACAUGUGAUUAUUCGGUAUUUUGAUUAAACGCCGCUUACACCAAAUAGCAAGAAUCAUCCCGCUGGUUCAGCAGCGGUUCCAUUGACACAACAGCCGCAUCAACUGUCAAGGACUUUGUGCAAUUUGUGGGAAUGCAAAUCCUAAAUCUAAUUGAAAAUACAUUAAUUUUAAAAUACAUACAACUUACGCAAUCAGAGCUUAUAGGAAGUAAAUUUGUAAGAGUUAGUGAAAAACUACCCCAAUGACAACUAGCAGCACACAAGAAACAAACACACACACAUACAAAAAAAAAAAAAACGAAGCAGAUUAAUAUAUGUAUCUUGAGCACAGGAACCCAACCCAAACCCAAAUA